AAAUACCGUGUUGUAUACACAGAUCAUCAGCGCCUAGAAUUGGAGAAGGAAUUUCACUAUAGUCGCUACAUCACAAUACGCAGGAAGGCAGAACUUGCAGCUUCAUUGUCGCUAACAGAACGACAGGUAAUCCAUUUAUAUACUCACCUCUCCAGAGACCCCUGUCUCACAUCCCCUUUCCAUUCCAAGGCUGCAGCAUCCAUAGGUGUCUAG